AUGGUUGACAAUGGGGAAAUCACAGGACCCACCUGGAAGUUCACACAGUGUUUUGGUGACAAGGGAGAUGUUGAGGAUAUCACUGAAGCGGAUAUAAUAUCGACCGUUGAAUUCGAUCACACUGGAAACUAUCUCGCUACUGGUGACAAAGGAGGACGAGUCGUUCUAUUUGAGAGGAAUGAGACGAAAAAAACGUGCGAAUACAAAUUCCACACCGAGUUCCAAUCCCACGAGCCCGAGUUCGACUACCUGAAGUCCCUCGAAAUCGAAGAGAAGAUCAACAAGAUCAAGUGGUGUCGCCGACAGAAUGCCUCGCAUUUUCUCCUCUCAACCAACGACAAGACAAUCAAGCUAUGGAAGGUCUUCGAAAAAUCUUUGAAAGUCGUCGCUGAGAACAAUUUGUCGCAUGAGCAGCACCCAUCCGGCGUCGGCGGUACCGGUCCUCGACCAAGCUUCCCCCAUAGCCAAUUUACUAGCGUUGACGCGCUCCGAUUACCACGUCUCACCCACCACGACACCGUUGUCGCAGCUGUCCCUCGUAGGACAUACGCUAAUGCCCAUGCCUACCAUAUCAACUCGAUUUCGGUUAACUCGGAUGGUGAGACUUUCAUAUCGAGCGACGACUUGAGGAUAAAUCUUUGGAAUUUGAACAUUCAAGAUCAAAGCUUCAAUAUCGUCGAUAUCAAGCCAGCCAAUAUGGAGGAACUGACCGAAGUUAUCACCGCUGCCGAAUUUCAUCCGCAGAGCUGCAACUGGUUCAUGUACGCCAGUAGCAAGGGCACCAUUAAACUCGCAGAUAUGCGUGAUAGUGCCUUGUGCGACAACCACGCCAAGCUAUUUGAGCAGGAGGAGGACCCAUCAUCUCGCUCCUUCUUCUCGGAAAUCAUCUCUUCUAUCUCAGAUGUUCGAUUCUCAUCUGAUGGCCGCUACAUUUUGUCCCGUGACUACCUUACCGUCAAGAUCUGGGAUGUCAACAUGGAAAGACAACCGAUCAAGACGAUUCCUAUUCACGAGCAUCUACGACCCCGUCUUUGCGACACUUACGAGAACGAUUCGAUCUUCGACAAGUUUGAGGUUAUCUUCUCUGGUGAUGGAAAGAACGUGAUGACGGGAUCUUACAACAACAAUUUCAUGAUCUACCCAUCCGAUCCCGAGAAGGAGGUUGAGAUUGUUCUGCAAGCGGAUAAGAGCGCAUUCAAGGCGAAGAAAGUCGGCGUACCCACUCCUAUUAAUGGUAGCAAGAAGGGUAGAGCCGGCAGUCCGUCUGGCGCUGGUGUCCCGGGCAGGAUGAGGAAGGAGACAGAUGCGGAUCAGAUCGAUUUUAACAAGAAGAUCUUGCACAUGAGCUGGCAUCCGUUUGAAGAUUCGAUUGCUAUAGCUGCUACGAACAAUUUGUUCGUAUUCUCGGCACUAUAA